AUGUUGUACAUUGCAAUUUUACAACAGCAGUUAAUAUAUAAUAUAAACUAUUGGGGAAAUAUAAAUUUUGUUGAAUAUAAUACUAAUCCUAAAAAUGCAGUUACACAACUGUGUAAACAAUUUUUAGAGGAAUCGUUGUGUUCAAUUAUAAAAAACAAUAACAAGAUAGGAGAUCUACUACAAAUAGAUAAUAUUAAAACAUGGCAAAUGUUGCAUGUUAUAGAUCUUUCCAAUAAUCCAAUACACAAAAGAGCAUUAUAUAAAAAAUUUAUUAUAUGUCAUUUAAACAACAUUAAAGUAAGUAAAAUCAUGUAUCGCAUAUUCAAUGUCUUUCUUUUUGAUUUAUUAUUUAUAUAUUUUAUAAAAAUAAUUUCUUGGCAGUAUAUUUCUGGAGAACGCAUCCAAUAUUCUGAUGUAGCUGAAGCAAGAUACAUUUUCGACAAUAGAUUAGAUAAAUAUAUCUUAAAUACAAUUUAUAAAACAGAUCAAUUAACAACUAUUAUACAGUUGAGUAUAACUAAUUGCUCUUUAUCAAAGAUUAAUUUAUCUGGCAAUUUAUUACCACAAUUAGAAAGUUUGGAUUUGAGUAACAAUCAAAUAACUUAUUUAUGGGGUCUUCAUUCCUUUCAAUAUUUACAUACAUUAUGCUUAAGUUAUAAUUGUCUUGAUACAUUUGACAGUAAUGGCUAUGAAAAGAAACAAUGCAUAUUUCCAAAAUUGUGUACAUUGUUGUUGGAUCACAAUUGUAUCAAAUCAUUAAUGAAUAUUAAUGAAAAAUUACCAGUAAUUAAACACUUAUUUCUAAAUAAUAAUCACCUUCAAAGCAUUAAUGGUAAUAUUUUACAUACUGAGAUAAUAUUGAAAUUUUUGCAUAUUAUUUACUGUUAUUAUAAAUAUAUAUAUAUACACUUUAUAGGUGUAAGUCAUUGCUCAAGUUUAGAAUCUUUAAUUUUGGACUAUAAUGAUAUUAAUACA